AUGGUGGGCUUGCUGAAGAAGACUACUGGCCUUGUGGGGUUGGUGGUGUGUGAAAGUCUGCACGAAGAACCAGAUGUUAAAAAAUUAGAAGACCAACUUCAGGGUGGCCAAAUAGAAGAGGUGAUUCUUCAAACUGAAAAUGAAUUAAGUCUGGCCAGAAAAAUGAUGCGAUGGAAACCAUGGGAGCCAUUAGUGGAAGAGGCUCCUGACAACCAAUGGAAAUGGUCAACAUAA